AUGGCCUCUCGUGAAGGGAUCAAUCCCUUGCGGCCCUAUUAUAUUCCCCAUUCUGGCUUAUCGCCUACAUCAAACACGCCGCCCGAGGUGGCAUCACCGUCAUCAGCCCAAGUGUUUGGCAGCACCGCGCGCGACCUUAUCCCGGACCUGGACUAUGCCGACUAUUUGGACUCGUCGCCAUCCGUCUCUGACUGGGUUCGCGAUGCGCUGAAUCGUGCGCUUGUGCGCUAUAGCAAGGUCUUGACCGCGCAGCCGUUUGAUGUGGCCAAAACCAUCCUCCAGGUGUAUGUUGUGCCCGAUGCAGCAGACGAGCAGUGGGACCGGAACUCGACACCGGGAGCAAGAACGAGCUCUUACGAUUCGGAAUCAGAAUCCUCAGACGAUGAAAGCAGUUAUUUCACAUCCGCCACCCCGUCGACCCCGACCCCGACGACACCCCGAUCUCGCAAGGCACGACACCGCAUCACUGACCGUAGUGGCUACAUUCGCUCGGAUUCUUCCUCAUCGUCCAGACAUGCACUGACCAUCCGGAACCCAAGCUCCCUGACCGAUGUGCUCUCCCAGCUCUGGAGCACCAGCGGGCCAACGUCUCCGUGGAAGGCCUCCAAUGCAACGUUCAUCUAUUCGUUGCUUUUGCCGACUUUGAACACCUUUAUUCGCAGUCUUUUGUCCGCGAUCGUGGGUCUGCCAGAGGAAGAUAUCACCUCGUCGAUGACAGCCGAUAUUCUGACGUCGGCCUCUCCUCUGGCCACACUGGUCCUGUCGUUCGUUUCCUCGUCUCUGUCAGCGAUGCUGUUGUCCCCUAUCGACACGGCGCGCACCUUUUUGAUGCUCACACCUGCCACCCACGGCCCGCGCAAUCUAAUCCGAGCCAUCCGCCAACUCCCCACUCCCAACUGCACGAUCCCCCCGCAUCUCGUCCCGAUCACCGUCCUGCACUCUAGUCUGCCCAACUUUAUCGUCACGUCCACCCCCUUCUUCCUCAAAUCGUAUCUGUCGAUCGAUCCCCUCCUCAACCCUUCCACAUGGAGCCUCUUCACCUUCCUCAGCUCCGGUCUCGAGUUGGCCGUGCGCUUCCCUCUUGAGACUGUGCUCCGCCGCGCCCAGAUCGCCACCUACACUUCCCUGAGUCUGCGCCAGAAAUCGUCUGGCGGCAGUAUUCGUGCCGCGUCGGUUGAUGCCUCUGACGUAGAAACCAUUGUGCCUACCCCGCGCACCUACCGCGGCAUCGUCGGCACGAUGUGGCACAUCGUCCAUGAGGAGGGAGUCAGCCCGACGCUUUCUGACUCCGAACAGGCCCAGCACGUCCUCGGCAAGCCCACGCCCCAGGCUCAGCGGAAACGCCAGCAGGGCCAAGGAAUCCAGGGUCUGUACCGCGGCUGGCGUAUGGGUAUGUGGGGUAUCGCUGGUAUCUGGGGUGCCAGUCUUCUCGGCGGCGUCGCCGGCGGCAGCGAGGAAGAGGUCACCAUGCGAGGCGGGCAUGGUCGAUCCAGCGGGGGGCGCUUCUAA